UAGAUACAUCUUUUGAGUAGUCCCUGUGAUGAAAUAGGAAGUAUGCAUAAAGCACAUCUACUGCAUAUCAAAGAAAAAUGGUUUGCUCAAAAGAAAAGUACUUGUGCAGUUCUUUGCAUCUCCUGCUGAAAUAGCCUCUUUUUUUCAAUGGAACGCUGUUUUUACCUGAGAGAAUGAAUGACAAACUACAGGUAUUUGGCAACUGUUUUGCAAAAGUGAACGAAGUGAGCCAGUCACUUCAAGGAAAACAAUUGACAUUAUUUGUUGCUGAUGACAGUAUUUGAGUUUUCAAGUGAAAUAUUGGAAUUUUAGAAAAUUUGAGUUUACCACCAUGAGGCUACUAGCUUCUGAUACUUAAAAGACUUUUCUGAUGAGUUUUAUGACCUUUGUGAACUAUUCAGAACUGGAGGUCAGGUUCCUGACACAAACUACAUAUUUAUGGGUGAUUUUGUAGACAGAGGUUACUAUAGUUUGGAGACCUUCACUUACCUUCUUGCACUAAAGGCUAAAUGGCCUGAUCGUAUUACACUUUUGCGAGGAAAUCAUGAGAGUAGACAGAUUACACAGGUGUAUGGAUUUUAUGAUGAGUGCCAAACCAAAUACGGAAAUGCUAAUGCCUGGAGAUACUGUACCAAAGUUUUUGACAUGCUCACAGUAGCAGCUUUAAUAGAUGAGCAGAUUUUGUGUGUUCAUGGUGGUUUAUCUCCUGAUAUCAAAACACUGGAUCAAAUUCGAACCAUUGAACGGAACCAGGAAAUUCCUCAUAAAGGAGCAUUUUGUGAUCUGGUUUGGUCAGAUCCUGAAGAUGUGGAUACUUGGGCAAUCAGUCCCCGAGGAGCAGGUUGGCUUUUUGGUGCAAAGGUCACAAAUGAGUUUGUUCAUAUCAACAACUUAAAGCUCAUCUGCAGAGCACACCAACUAGUGCAUGAAGGCUAUAAAUUUAUGUUUGAUGAGAAGCUGGUAACAGUAUGGUCUGCUCCUAAUUACUGUUAUCGUUGUGGAAAUAUUGCUUCGAUCAUGGUCUUCAAAGAUGUAAAUACAAGAGAACCAAAGUUAUUCCGGGCAGUUCCAGAUUCAGAACGUGUUAUUCCUCCCAGGACAACGACGCCGUAUUUCCUUUGAGGCCUUCGACCAUCCUGCUGACCCAUUUUUCUGCCCUCUUACCCCAACUUCCGUGUAUUACCCUCUACAAUAUACUUUUUAUUGAGCACUUUGCUGCUGAAAUGCUGCCUCUUGCCUUUUUUUUUAAUUUUAAAUUAUCUAAAUUUAUUGUUUGUUAUGGUGUCUAUAGCAAUGUUUUUCUAUCAGUUUUCUCCCCCAUCCCAUCCCCGCCUUGGACUCAUUUGAGAAGACUUGAGAAAUGUCUUAAUACUCACACUGCUGCAUGUAGCUCUUGCUUAUUUACUGGUCUACGGGAAACAGGAUGUUUCCUUUUUUAAAAAAGCCAAUUGACAGAACAGACUACACUGAAAUACUUCUCCUUUUGUAUUAUUCAGUCUUUUGUUUUAGUUCGGUAAGUUUUAAGAAAUUUCAGCAGCAAAGUUGUUAUUCAGUGGGCACGAUGGACUGCAAAUGCCUCGAGUUAUGUAUACCUGUCCCAGCUGUAAACUUCAUUUUCCUUUGUUGGAUGAUAUUUUAAAUGGAUAUAAAAUAAAUUGGUCUAAAGGGC